AUGGCGCUGGCGGUGGUGCGGCCCCUGGACGCCCUGCCCCCGGAGCUGCCCCCGGGGGUGGCGGUGCUGCGGGCCCCGGCCCCGCUGGCGGCGCGGCUGCGCGGGGCGGGCGGGCCGGCGCUGGUGCUGGCGGUGCGGCCCGCGGGCCGGCCCGGGGCCCAGCCGGCGCUGCUGAGCGCGGCGCUGGUGGCGGGCGGCCCGGGCGGCGGCGGCGCCGAGCUGUGGCUGCGCGGCGGCUGGCGGCGGCGGCUGGGGCUGGCGGCGGGGCGGCGGGUGGCGCUGUGGCCGGUGCGGCGGCCGCCGGCGCUGGGCUGGGCGCUGCUGGGCGCGGGGCCGGGCCGGGCGGGGCCGGGGCUGGCGCGGCGGGGCGAGGCGCUGCCGGGCCCGGGCCCGGGGCCGCUGCUGCUGGAGGCGCGGCCGGCGCUGCAGGGGCUGCUGGGCGCGGGGACGCGGCUGGCGCUGACCGAGCUGCGGCCGGAGCGCGGGGCCCCCGCGCCGGGCCCGGGGCCGCCGCCGCUGGUGUCCCGGUUCGCGCGGGGGGCGGGGGCCCCGGCCCGGCUGCGGGCGCUGCGCGGGGACCCGGCGCCCUGGGGGCUGGCGGCCGAGGCCGGGGCCGGGGCCGGGGCCGGGGCGGGCGCGGCGCUGUGGGUGACCCGGCGCUGCCUGCGCGGCCUCGGGCUCUUCCAGGGCGAGUGGGUGCGGCUGCGGCGGGAGGGCGAGGCCGGGCCCGGCGGGGCGCACCUGGCGGCCGUGCUGGCCCUGCUUCCCCGCUGGGACUUCCCGCAGGAGCCCCGGGACCCCCCGGAGGGCUCGGCCGUCAUCCCGGCCGCGCUGGCCUUCAACCUGGCCUGCGACCCGCUGGGCGGGAGCCACCUGCUCAUCCAGAGGUAUGGGGAAGCUCCUGGUAUGGAAGAGAGACAAGGAAGUCGGUCCUUGCUAUCCAUUCCGCCCUUUGCGAAGGAACUGCACAUAGAGAUUAUCUCCUCACCAGCCUACAGCACCAGAGGAGUCUAUGACAGUAUUCUCCACCAACACUUCCAAACUCCCAGGUUGGUCCAGGAGGGUGAUAUCCUGUGUAUUCCGACAGCUGGACAUCCUGAGUUCUUGGAAGGAAAUUCAGAGAAAUUUCUUAGCUGGCCGGAGCUGUACUUCAAGGUGAAGAAGAUGGUCGGGGUGGCGGAAGGAGAGCAGUCUGUGGGGUACCUGGCUGACCUCCAGAACACAUCGCUGUACCUGGUGGGUUCAACAAACAGCGCUGUGCCAUCUUCCCCAAGCCGUGGUGGCCAUGGGUUUUGGAGCAGUCUGUCUCCCGCCGGGCUCUCUGAUGUGGUGACGCAGCUCUGUGAUGCUCUCCGGCCUCAUCUGAACAGCAGGGGGACUGCGCUACGUGGAACAGGCAGCAUUCUACUGGCGGGACCCAGUGGUGGGGGGAAACUGACGGCUGUCAGAGCUGCAUGUAGUUGCCUCAAUCUCCACUUGUUCAAGGUGGACUGCGUUAGUUUGUGUGGAGACACUAGUGGAGCUACAGAGAUGAAGCUACAAUCUGCCUUUGCGCAGGCUGAGCUCUUCCGGCCGUGUGCGCUCCUGCUGAAGGGCAUCGAGCUGCUGGGACGAGACCGGGAUGGGCUGGGAGAGGACUCCAGAGUCACUGCUACACUAAGGCACCUCCUCCUGGAUAGAGAUGCAGGAUCUAGCGGUUACCCUGUCCUGGUGGUUGCCACCACGUGCCGGCCUCAGGACGUCCUGGCAGACGUGCAGACAGCUUUCCUCCACGAGGUGACGGUCCGCGCCCCGUCGGAAGAGCAGCGGAAGGCCAUGCUGAGCACGCUCACUGCCAGCCUUCCGUUGGGCAAGGAAGUGAGCCUGGCCAAACUAGCGCGGAGAAGUGCGGGGUUUGUGCUGGGAGAUUUCUGUGCUUUGCUGGCCCAAGGAGGCCGGGCAGCUUGCACCAGGAUCUUAACCUCAAGUUUCCCAGGGGGGCUGAGUGAGGACGAGGAGAGAGAUUUUUGCGCUGCUGGGUUCCCUGUUCUCGCAGAGGAUUUUAACGUUGCAUUGGAUCAGCUCCAUGAGACUCAUUCGCAGGCGGUUGGAGCCCCGAAGAUCCCCGCGGUCACCUGGCAGGACAUCGGCGGGCUCCAGGAGGCGAAGAAGGACAUCCUGGACACCAUCCAGCUGCCUCUGGAGCACCCGGAGCUGCUGUCUGUGGGGCUGCGCCGCUCUGGCCUUCUGCUCUACGGGCCUCCUGGGACAGGAAAGACCUUGCUUGCCAAAGCUGUGGCCACGGAGUGCACCAUGACGUUCCUCAGUGUGAAAGGGCCGGAGCUCAUUAACAUGUACGUGGGGCAGAGCGAAGGGAAUGUGCGCCAAGUGUUUGCCAGAGCCCGGGCAGCUGCUCCCUGCAUUAUCUUCUUUGAUGAACUGGAUUCCUUGGCACCCAACCGGGGACGGAGCGGAGACUCGGGCGGAGUUAUGGACAGAGUUGUCUCCCAGCUGCUAGCAGAACUUGAUGGACUUCAUUCCACCAGAGACGUAUUUGUGAUCGGUGCCACCAACAGACCUGACCUGCUGGACCCAGCACUGCUCCGGCCUGGCAGGUUUGACAAGCUGGUCUAUGUCGGCAUGAAUGAGGACCGGGAGUCUCAGCUGCGAGUGCUGAGCGCCAUCACCAGGAAGUUCAAACUGGACCCUUCAGUGAGUCUCAGCAGUGUCCUGGAUCAGUGCCCUGCCCAGCUGACGGGAGCAGAUCUGUACGCGCUCUGCGCAGACGCCAUGAUGUGUGCCGUCAAACGGAAGGUGGAUUGGAUUGAGGAAGGGCUGGACACAGAGAGUUCUGCUCUAGUUCUGACCAUGGAGGAUUUUGGACAAGCUGCCACAAGGCUGCAGCCGUCGGUUUCGGAGCAGGAGCUGCUCAGAUACAGAGUGAUCCAGCGGAAGUUUGCUGCCUGCUAGCCUGCAGUGAGAAGGGAAGGGAAGGAGCACACAAAGCCCUAAUACGGAGAAGGCCAAGAGGAUUCGGAACAGGCGUGUGGGCUGGAGAAUUGGAGAGGGGGAGGUGUCAUCACCUGCUGACUCCUGGCCAGCCGUUCAUGGACGGGGCACAGCAUUUAGCCAUGGCUCUGAGGCUGUCGGCAGCACAGCUGGGGUUCAUGCUCCUCCUCCUCGGUCCCAGGCCCCCUCCUCCAACCUCCCAGCCUGGCCCUCACCCCUACACCACAUCCUGCCCUGUAAUCUGGUGUGGGAGGAAGAGGCCUUGAGCUGAGUUGUGGAUCUCAAGGGAACGGAGUGCGACCAAAGCCCCUGUGAGACCCUGCACUAAUCAUGGAUUACUAGUCGUGCCCUCCCCCUGGAGUAGGCAGAGAUCCUGAGCUCGGGGGUGGAUUGUCUCCCAGGAGUGAAAAAUCCUCCCCUCUCCCACAGCCUCCCUGGGGUGUGAGGGAAUUAGCAGAUGCCUACUGCUGGGCUGGGGGCUGUGUUCCAUGCUCCCUUCUAGGGUUCCUCCCAAUCUCCAGGAACCGCGGCAGCUGCUUCUCCCGGGCUGUGUGCCAUGGUGCAGCAUGGGGGGGAUUGGUCCCUGUGCGCUGGCACUGACCUGAGAGCGGAGUUGGAGAGAAACGGGGCUUGGUCUGUUUCACUAAAUCCAAUGAGAGAGUGGGGAGCACCAAGGAACUGUGGAGCUGUAUCUCUGGGCAGUUACCACAGCUGGGGGGCGCAGUGGGGCCCUGUCCCAGCUGGGGUGGCAGGGGGUGUAUGGGGGGAGACCAUGAGAGCGGGACAGUUCGGGGAGGAAGGGCUGUCAGUGCGGGUUUGUGUCAGAAUUGCACUGUUUCAGGCAGAUGCGGCUGAUUCUCCAAAGCUGUCAUGGUGCUGUGCAUGCAGCUGGGGGCUCUAGGCGUAGGCCUUGCACUGUUCUCCUGGCAGGAGGGGGAUUCACACCCACAGCUCCUCUCCCUGAGUACAGGGCCAGCCUAAAACCUGGCACAACUGAAGGGUGGUCUUGUGCUGGCCCUCGGCAUGGAGGGGAAUCUCAUCCCAAAUGAGAGAGAACUUCCUUGUGGAGCUUUAGCCAUGGAUGGUGGGAGGGUCCCCUGCUGCUUUCCUUCCUGGCACAUGCACUACAGGCAGGGAUGGUGCUUCCGCUCACUCAGGCAGCCACGAACAAGACAGGAGGGGGAGCCAGCACAUCAGGGAGAAAGCAGGGGUCCCCUGAGACGUUUUUGCAGGGUUUCUGAACCCCCCUUGCCAGCUCCCAGCACACGGGCACGGGCACUACACAGGGAAGAGGCACGGAGCAUCUGCAGUGUGAGAGGACACUGCCAGCUGCACAGGCAGAUACUGCACUGGCUGUAAAUACUGUACAGAGGCUUUCUAAAUAAAGUGGCAGUUUCUGGUCUA